AUGUAUUCGGCAAAGUCAAUCUUCUACGCGGCCCUCAGUGCUUCGGUGUCUUUUACAUCUGUACAAGCACAAGUUGCGGACUAUCCGUUCGACAUUAACGGCGCUUUCGAGGGAGCUUCUGCCAGCACAACAGACUUCAACACAGGUGGCACCUUCAGGUGCAAUGGCCACGUUAUCACUGUGCCCAAGAAUCUUCAAGUCACAUUCCCCGCGGCUUUCAUACCGUACAAGGAAUUCGUGGGCAGCAGUGGUGGCUACGCUGGCUACAACUGCGAGGUCACGGGCAAUGUCGUAAACGGGGUUCCCAUCGCUGCUCAGGUCUCAAUCGCCCAAUCGCUUCUGAAUGGCGCCUCUGGUUUCGUUGACAGCGUGAACACUGAUGGCCGGAUCAAGUUGACGGACGGAAGCACCAUCCGUAUCAACGACCCUAACGCCAUCUACUCCGUUGGAUACACUUCCCAGCCUUUCUUCACUGCAGACGACGCCAAUCCAAGCAUCAGCUCUUUCUCUGGCUUUCCCAUCAAAGCACCCGAUGCCCUGGUCAUGGCUCCCAUUGUAGCUGGUGAUUUCGUCGAGUACUCUGGUGUUCAGUCCGGUAGCGAGAUCAUCGUCUACAAUCUCGUCGUUAGCAACGUCCAAAUCACCACCACGGGCGCUCCGACGUACAUCCGCAUGGAGGAUGCCAACAUUGGUGUUUGGACCGCCGACACUGUCAAUCAGGAAAUCGCACAGACUAGAUUCGUCGGCUACACAUCUGACUCUGCCGCGAAUGUCAACCCCAUCAAGAUCUACGCCAUUGAGUACGACCCGUGCACCGGCGAGGCCGUCGACCGUGAGAUCGCGGGUGUGAGCGUGCCCGGCACCGAGGUGCGCAACAAGUUUGAGUAUCGCAUCAAGGCGACCCAGAACGACAACUACGCCCGCGAGUACCGCGUUGUCGCCGGCACCGGCACCGUGAAGACCAAGAACGGUAUUAUGGCCGGCCAGUACGUCAUGCCUGUGUCGGAAUGGAUCCAGCCCGAGGACUCCGUUCCCGGUCGCCCUCCCAGCCCGCACGACUUCCGUAGUUACGCUUUCUUGACCAAGGGACUGGGUCGCGAUGCCGAGGGUAACCUUUGGGGCCCGCUGAACCCCUUCCCCCAGACUGGUGCCACCCUCUACGACAACUCCAAGUGCCCUCCCGCUACCACCCCUACCACAGGCACUGGUACUGGAACGGGCACUGGAACGGGCACAAGCACAACCCCUGUCACCGCUGCCAGCAGCUCGGCGGCAGCCGUCAAGUACAAGGAUGUCGUCACGAUGCCCACCUUCAACUGGGUCUCGUCUCAGAGCGGCACCCUCACCGUCGGCUGCCAGUCCAACAGCACCGACGAUGCCGCGGUUGCGAUGAAGCUGAGCUACACCAACAAGGACGGCACUACCACCGGCCUUGCCAUGAUUUCCGGUGGCAAGGGUCUCUGGAACUUCAAUAGUAACAAGAUCAAGCAGCCCACAACUGGAACGGUCAUCUGCAAGAGUGGUCUUGGCGGCCAGGUGGCGCGCUGA